AUGCCCGGGAUGUAGAGCAAUUGAGUAAGAAUAACAUUACGCACAUUCUUUCAAUCCACGAUAGUGCCCGCCCUAUGCUCGAGGGAGUGAAGUAUCUGUGCCUCCCUGCUGCUGACUCACCCUCGCAGAACUUGGCAAGGCAUUUCAGAGAGAGCAUCAAAUUUAUCCAUGAGUGCCGACUCACAGGUGAAGGCUGCCUAGUUCAUUGCCUUGCAGGUGUCUCCAGGAGUGUAACACUGGUGGUUGCCUACAUCAUGACCAUCACAGACUUUGGUUGGGAAGAUGCACUGUCUGUUGUCCGUGCAGCGAGAUCCUGUGCGAAUCCUAACAUGGGGUUCCAGAGACAGCUACAGGACUUCGAAAAACACGAUGUUGAUCAGUUCAGGCAGUGGCUGAAAGAAGAAUACGGGGAAAACUCUUCUCAGGAUCUGCAAGAAGCCAAAAAUCUUCUGAGCAAAUAUAAAGAGCAGGCAGAAUUGCAGCAGAAUACUGGAGGAAGGCAGUGGAAUAAUAACUUCUCAUCUGUGCCAUCUCUCUCAUACAGCAACUACACAACAGAGACUUAAUCAUAGGAGGUUGAUUUUUUCUUUCUACCUUUGAAAAACAUCUUGCCAUAAUUUCCAUUCCAUCUUCAAGACUCUCAGCAGUAAUCAUGCAAACAGUUGAUUUGUAGAAAGCUUCUUGAAGAAAAUACUACAUUAUGUGUGUAUGUAUGAGUGUGUUUCACACAGUUUUAUAAUUUGGGCAGGAUCAAGCUCUCUGUGUGCCCGGAGACAUGAUCCAGUUACUGUGGCUGAGCCAGUCUGUCAGCCAGCCACAGCUAUUAUCCCCUUAUGCCCACAUUGCCUGGCAUUUGCUGUGAGGUUAGCUCAACUCCUUUUGUUGUAGGCUAGCAAAGGGCUCUGAGAGACGAAGUCUGGUGAUUCAAGCUGUGGCAGUUUGACAUCUUUGUGCUGUUCAUGUGGCAAAGAUGUUAUUGCACCUGAAGAAGGGAACUGACGUCUGUGUCUCUGCUGCUCCUGUUCACAGUCCAUUGGCAAGUAAUACUGUGGAGGUGGGCUUGAAUUGAAUGCUAGGCUGCAAACUGGAGCAGGUGAGAUACGGGUACAUGUACCUUUCUACCAACAGUAGCAUCUAGGAGAGAAGUGGGACAGACAGCUCUGAGUAAUAACAUCUUCAACUGCCACAGUUGUACUUGCUUCAGUGCACGUGAGACAGAGCUGUCGGUAGAACUGCUGC